CAUUUAAGUCACCACAUGGAACCACUCGGUCAUUUACAUCACUACAAUGAAAAUCUAGGUCAUUUAGGCCACCACAAUGAACCAAUCGGACAUUUAGGUCACUACAAUGAACCGCUCGGUCAUAUAGGUCACUACAAUGAACCACUCGGCCAUUUAGGUCACCACAAUGAACCACUCGGACGUUUAGGUCACCACAAUGAACCACUCGGUCAUUUAGGUCACCACAAUGAACCAAUCGGACAUUUAGGUCACUACAAUGAACCACUCGGUCAUAUAGGUCACUACAAUGAACCAAUCGGUCAUUUAGGUCACCACAAUGAACCACUCGGACGUUUAGGUCACCACAAUGAACCACUCGGUCAUUUAGGUCACCACAAUGAACCGCUCGGUCAUAUAGUUCACUAUAAUGAACCACUCGGUCAUUUAGGUCACCACAAUGAACCACUCGGACGUUUAGGUCACCACAAUGAACCACUCGGUCAUUUAGGUCACCACAAUGAACCAAUCGGACAUUUAGGCACUACAAUGAACCACUCGGUCAUAUAG